AAAUAAGAAAAUAAAUUGAAAUCAAAAGAAUAAUAUAUUUAUUGAGAAUUCCAUACAAUUGAGCUGUUCAUACACACACAUAUAUAUAUAUAUAAUUAAUAAAUAUAUAUGUAUAUAUAUAUAUAUAUCUGUGUAUAUAUAUAAGAGUCGGAGACGUGUGUCUUAGUAAAGCGAAGGUAGCCACAGCAACGCGUAGCGGGAGCAACGAACGAAGCGCCGACCAGGAAACAGGACCAAGAGCAGCGGCAGCAGGCAACGAGGCAGCUAACAAGGAGCCAAACACACGCACACACCCAGCCAGUCACACAUCCACACCCACACCCACACACACACCCACACACACACAGCAAUUUAUUAAGAUGUCAUGGAGAUAUGCGCUACUCACCGACAGAUACAGCAGCAGCAUUGGCGAUAGAUAUAGUCCGCACUAUUAUCAGUCGCCCAGCCGCCUGGAAACCUCGGAACAGACGACGGGUCGCCAGCUACAGCGCGUGCUGCACUACUCGAUGGCGCCCUGCCGGACGCUGCCUGGCCUGCGACGUGCCGAGUGCGCCAUACACGAUGUUGACUGUGAUGAAGUCUAUCCGGGCAUUUACAUAGGCGAUGCCGCGGCGGCCAAGAACAAAACCUAUUUGCGUAUGGCCGGCAUUACGCACGUGCUGAACGCUGCGGAGGGCUGUCGCUAUGGCCAGGUGGAUACUGGACACAGUUACUAUCGGGAUAUGCCCAGCAUUAGACGUCAACAUAAGGAUUGCUUUUUUAGAUAUAUGGGCUUCCCCAUGAUCGAUGCGCCAACGACAGAUAUAUCCCGUUACUUCUAUGUGGCAGCCAAAUUCAUAGACAGCGCCAUCAGCAGCGGCGGCAAGAUCCUGGUGCACUGCCUGGUGGGCAUGUCACGCUCGGCCACCUGCGUGCUGGCCUAUCUCAUGAUCUGCCGCAAAAUGUCCGCCGUAGACGCGAUACGCACGGUGCGCAUGCGCCGUGAAAUACGACCAAAUGAUGGCUUCCUGCAGCAGCUGGCCGAUCUCGACAUGGAGCUGAAACGCAAAAAUCUUUAUCCCUACUAAGGCUAUAACAAAAACCCCAACACAACCAAAGAUAUAUAUAUCUAUAUACCCAUACACAUAGUAUAUAUAUGUAUGUAUACUAUGCUAGGCUAAGGCAAACAGAAUGCUGAUGAUUGGCUGAAAUUAAUGAAUUGUUGUAUUACUAAGAGUUAUAAAAACACACACACAAAUACACAUUGGCAACGUUUAU